UCCUUCGAUAACAUAUUUAUCAAUGUAAUCCAACAUUAUUUACACAAGUAAUGCAAAAUGGCGUUCAAAAUGAUUGUGUUGGUGUUCUAUAUUUUUUUCUGUAUAUCAUCACACCCAACGUCGUCAUAUGUGGUAAGCAGUCAAUAUGACUGGGGUGAACCUGAUACUCCGAUAUUUCCUAGUAAAUCUAGAAGUAGGAUGAGCAGGCAAACAGCUGAGCAGCGACUGACAGCUGUAAGAGAAGUUUUGACGCAGCACGGCGUUGACGCCUACAUAGUUCCUACAGCGGAUGCCCAUAAUUCGCAGUAUAUAGCGCCAUCUGACGCACGGCGCGAAUGGCUCUCAGGUCUGGAAGGGUCUUCGGGGACGGCUGUUGUGACGUCAUCACACGCUCUAGUCUGGACCGAUGGCAGAUAUUUUACGCAGUUUUAUUUGCAAGUCGACACAAGUGUAUGGAGUUUGAUGAGACAAGGUACUGAUUUAGCGAUACCCGCUUGGUUGGUAGCUAAUAUGCGAGCAGGUUCCGUAGUCGGUAUAGACCCUACUACAUAUACGAGAACUUCCUGGAGAGUAUUAGAGACCGCUCUCAACCAAGUGAAUGUAAUCCUGCGACCAAUCUCACAGAACUUGGUGGAUAUCGCGCGCGCUAACAUUCUAGACCCUGCGCCUCUUAGACCUAACAACGCGUUAUUACCUCUGCCAAUCACUUUUACAGGCAGGCGUUCAUCAGAGAAAAUAUCAGAGUUGAUGCAACUGAUAAGGUCGCGCGGCGCCGCGGCGCUGGUGCUCACAGCACUAGAUGAUAUCGCUUAUACUCUAAACAUCCGUGGCUCUGAUAUACCUUAUAAUCCUGUAUUCUUCUCAUAUUUGGUGCUACGACCUAAUCUAAGUGCCCCAAAUAAUGUAGUUCUGUCUUGGGGAGAUGGAUUUCUUGCUGCGAAUAUAACUGAACAUUUGGCGUCAGAAGGAACUCAAAUAUCAACAAUACCUUAUCAAGAUAUAUUUGAAUAUAUAAAAAAUAUGACGAGCGAGUUACCCAGGGGCAGUACAAUAUGGUUGUCACAAGAUGGCAGCCACGCGAUACAUUUAGCUGCAGAAGCGGAUGGCGCUAUGAGUACAUUAUCGACCGUAUCACCGGUAGCUCUUAUGAAAUGUGUUAAAAAUGAAGUGGAAUUGCAGGGUUUCCGCUCAGCACAUAUCAAGGAUGGUAUCGCGGUGGUACGGUUCCUACGCUGGGUGCACGAGAGUGUGUCAUCCGGUGACAAUGUCACUGAGAUAAAUAUCUCUGACAAACUGGAAGCGUUACGAAAUGAAGAAAGGUACUUCAUGGGUCCAUCAUUCGCAACGAUAGCGGGUGCUGGGGAGAAUGGGGCUAUUAUACAUUACAAGCCGUCUAGAGAGGGUGAACAGAGAGUCGUUAGAUCUGAUGAUAUACUCCUCGUGGACUCUGGAGCACAGUAUAUGGAUGGGACUACGGAUAUAACUCGGACACGUCACAUGAGCUCGUCUCCCACUCCUGAGCAGCGGUUGACCUUCACACGAGUACUGAAAGGUCAAAUUCUCUUAGGAACCGCUGUGUUCCCGAAGGGAUCUACGGGUAAUUUACUAGAAACAUUAGCUCGUAAAGCACUAUGGGAUGUAGGGUUGAACUAUGCACAUGGAACUGGUCACGGUGUGGGCCACUUCCUCAAUGUACACGAAGGUCCUUCAGGUAUCGGAGCUGCGCUGAUGGCUUCAGACCCUGGGAUAGUCCCGGGGAUGAUCUUCAGUGAUGAACCCGGGUAUUACGAAGUGGGAGAAUAUGGCAUUAGACACGAAGAUCUAGUCGAAGUUAUUGAAAUAAAUAAAGACGCUGAUCAUAUAUUUGCAAAGGGUAUGGUGGGUAACUUCAGUGGCGCAGGCGCAGUGGGUUUCUAUACGAUAUCUCUCGCUCCGCACCAAACUGCGUGUUUAGAUGUCAGCAUAUUGGAUGAUAAUGAGAUUAAAUACAUAAACGAUUAUCACGCUAGAGUUCUAAGGACUUUAGGGCCCAUUUUAUUAGAACGUGGCCUGACAGAAGAUUACGAAUUUCUUGAAAAAGAAUGCGCGCCGAUACAACGAAGCUCCGCCAUCUUGUUUUCUGCAACACCUUUGACACUUAUCGGAAUUUUUAGUCUAUGGUUAAAUGUGUAAAUAACAAAAAUAUCAUGUUUUCAAUUGUAAAUCUAUAUUUAUUUAAGGAUCAUUUUUAAUAAACA